AAUUAGUCGCACCCCGUCCUAACCAUAGCCACAUUUUUUUACGUCAACCCCAGCAGUAAAUUAUUAUGAUAUGAACAAUUCUUUUAAUUAGAUUUAGGAAAAUGUUCCAUUCUCUUGCAUGCCUUCGCUGCUAAUAACGCUCAGUAACUGAUGACCGAAAGUGAUUUAUUAUCAGGAUACUGCUUUACUACCAAAAUGCAUUUAACCCCAUUGAACUUAAGAUUGGCAGUUUUACUUCUGCUUUGCAUACAUGGAAGUUUCCAAUUUUACGUGCCAGGAAUGGCGCCAGCCGAUUUCCAGAAGGGAGAUAUAAUUGAAGUUAAGGCAGUUAAAAUGACCAGUAUUCUUACACAGUUGCCCUAUGAGUAUUACUCGCUUCCCUUCUGCUUACCGAAAGGAGGCGCCAGUGCGAUUCAUUACAAGUCUGAAAAUUUGGGCGAAGUACUUAGAGGCGAUCGAAUUGUUAACACUCCAUAUUUGGUGAAAAUGGCCACAUCCAAUCAGUGCUCCUUGUUGUGCCAUUCUCCUGAAAGCCCCAUGCAUUGGAGUGUUGGAGAAUCCCAAAUGGUUGUGGAUAGAAUUCAGCAUGAGUAUUUCGUUCACCUAUUAGUGGACAAUCUUCCAGCUGCAACACUCCGAAAGAACGACGAGAAUGAAUAUGAGCAUGGCUAUAGAUUAGGGAACACUGUAGGAGAUAGAAGCAUAAUCAAUAAUCACCUCAAAUUCAAGCUAUACUAUCACCAACCCCAACCGGAUGUUUAUCGCGUAGUAGGAUUUGGCCUAACAGCCAAAUCAGUUGCGAUGGAUCAAGUGAAAUUUGAUGGGAAAAGCUGCAGCUUUCCAGAAGACGCCAAGCCCCAAGUGGUCGAUCCCACAACAGGCACAAAACUGUUCUUUACCUAUGAAGUGGAAUGGGAAGAAUCCACCGUCAGUUGGGCUUCCAGAUGGGACACCUAUUUGGCAAUGACCGAUGCAGAAAUUCAUUGGUUUUCCAUCGUCAAUUCCAUUGUGAUUAUAUUCUUCUUAUCAGGUAUUUUGACUAUGAUUAUGGUGAGAACUCUAAGAAAGGACAUUGCAAAGUACAAUGCGGAUGAGUUCUUUGAUGAUGCCGUUGAAGAAACUGGAUGGAAGUUGGUGCAUGGGGAUGUUUUCAGACCGCCGAGAAACUCACGGUUAUUUGCUGCACUUGUGGGGUCUGGCGUACAAAUCUUCUUGAUGGCAUUGCCAACAUUAUUCUUUGCCAUGUUGGGAAUAUUGUCGCCAGCUUCCAGAGGAGCGCUAACAAAUGCAGCGAUAAUAUUUUACUUAAUCAACGGAGCGGUAGCUGGAUAUAUGUCGGCAAGACUUUACAAGACCAUGAAGGGAAGAGAAUGGAAAAAGGCCGCAUUUUUAACUGCCGUUCUCUACCCUGCUGUACUGGCUGUAUCAUGUUUUGUGCUUAACUUCUUCAUAUGGGGCAAAGCGAGCAGUGGAGCAGUGCCUUUCUCCACAAUGAUUUCCUUGCUAUUAAUGUGGGUGUUUAUUUCACUUCCUCUGGUAUAUUUAGGAUACUAUUUCGGAUAUCGCAAACAGCCUUACCAGCACCCCGUAAGAACCAAUCAAAUUCCGCGCCAAGUUCCUGAUCAGCGUUGGUGUCUGAAUCCGAUUUUAUGUACCUUGAUUGCGGGCAUUCUGCCAUUUGGUGCAGUAUUCAUUGAACUGUUCUUUAUAUUCACGGCGAUCUGGCAGAACCAAUUUUAUUAUCUUUUUGGGUUCCUGUUCUUGGUGUUUAUCAUACUGGUCAUUUCCUGCUCACAAAUAUCGAUUGUAAUGGUUUAUUUCCAACUUUGUGGCGAGGACUACCACUGGUGGUGGAGAAGCUUUAUGGUCUCCGGCGGAUCAGCCUUUUACAUUCUCGUUUACUCCUUUUUCUAUUUUAUGACAAAGCUGGAAAUCACCGAAUUUAUCCCUACGCUUCUCUACAUCGGUUACACCGGUUUGAUGGUAUUUACUUUUUGGUUGUUAACCGGCACCAUUGGCUAUUAUGCAGCAUAUUUGUUUAUUAAGAGAAUUUAUGCUGCAGUCAAGAUCGAUUAAGCAGGCCACGAACAAUAACGAUUGAAACGAUUACCGCACCUUUGCAUGAAUAACUGUGUUAAUAAAUUUGCUGUUUAAAUAGCGAAUUUGGAUUAUUGUACAUUUAAUGUUAACGUGAAAUCUUGAAAAUGUUUUUGAACAUAUUCAGUAAUAAUAUUAAAUCGUGAAAACCGCGCAAAAGUGAUUAGGUGCUACGAUAAAGACACAUCCAGGCGGAUUUUACUGAAACGGGAAAAUUUGCAUCUGCAGCAUAAAGGCAGCAAACGGAUCCAGUUAGAGAAAUAGGGAAACACUUCGCAGGUUUAUCUUUUAAUAAAUAUAGAUUUAGCUAUUGAAUUCAUUCUAUUAAAUGGAAUCAUUCAGAUGAAACAUGUACAUACGAUUUAUUUAUAAUAAGCAUUAUACUUACACUGUAAGAUUAUUAUUUAAAAACGAAAUUUAGUAUAAAAUGAUAAUUAAUACACGUUUGAUGAACUAUUAGGGUGGGUUUAGGAAUUUAAGUUUUCGUACAGUGCGUUGUAAACGCGAAUAACACAAAAUAAAAUUAUAACUUUGCUGUAA